GCUGGCUGGCAGAGGGAGGGACCGCCGAAGAAGGAAGCGAGUUUCCGGCUGACUUCUACGGAGGGAGCGGGCAGCUGAAACACCGGAAAACGGGCUACCGGCUUGGGAGCAUUAUAACGGAAACAGAGAGAAAUACGGAUUUAAAAUCUGCAUUCUGGGAAUAGGACCGGUGAAUUUGUGGCGACGAGGAGAAACGUGGGGCCGAGAGAGCGACGGGCGUGGGGGGUGACCCACCGACUAUCGGCAUGGCAAGAGACUACGAUUACCUCUUCAAGCUGCUCAUCAUCGGGGACAGCGGCGUGGGGAAGAGCAGUCUCCUGCUGCGCUUUGCAGACAACACCUUCUCAGGUAGCUACAUCACCACCAUUGGCGUCGACUUCAAGAUCCGGACGGUGGAGAUUAACGGUGAGAAGGUCAAGCUACAGAUCUGGGAUACGGCGGGCCAGGAGCGCUUCCGCACCAUUACCUCCACGUACUACCGGGGGACCCACGGGGUGAUUGUGGUCUAUGAUGUCACCAGCGCAGAAUCCUUCGUUAACGUCAAACGGUGGCUGCAUGAGAUCAACCAGAACUGUGACGACGUCUGUCGGAUCCUGGUGGGGAACAAGCAUGACGACCCAAACUCCAAGGUGGUGGAGACGAGCGAUGCGCAGAAGUUUGCAGAGCAGAUGGGAAUCCGGCUCUUCGAGACGAGUGCCAAAGAGAACCUCAAUGUGGAGGAGAUGUUCAACUGCAUCACAGAACUUGUGCUGAGAGCUAAGAAAGAGGUGGUUGCCAAGCAACAACAGCCUGAUGUGGUCAGGCUGACCAAGAACAGUAAACGGAAGAAGAGGUGCUGCUAAUGAGAUGGUGGCACCCAGGAGAGGAUGGAGGAAUGAAGAACACGGGCGGAUGGCGGCAACUACUAAGUGCUGAAUGGGACUCAGAGAAACUAAAUUAAUUUCUUUAUUAAAUCUAUAAAAACAAAGAGGAGGGAAAGGUCCCUUUUGGACAAAUGAAUCAAAGACUUUACAGAUUUUAUUAGGAGAGUCAGGGGAUUUUUAUUUCGAAGUUAGAUGAUGCUAUUUAAUGAAUGAUUGCUCCAGGUUAAGGAGGGAUCGCAGUGCAUCCAAAGUACUCCGAUUCACACGAACUGAUAUAUUCUUUGCUGUCCGUCAGUAUAUCACAUCCUCCGCCUUAUCCCUCACGAUGCGGGACUUUAGGGAUCGGACUCUGCCAGGAGGCCAGGCGUUCUCUUGUUUGUUUGUUUUUUUUAUUGGGAGGUGAAGAGGUCAAAGGAGAACUGGAGGCUGUGUCUUACAGGUUAUCAACUUUUUAUAAUCAGUGAAGGAAAAAUAAGGAUCAAAUCUGAACGUCCAUCUGACCUGCCCCCCCCCCCCCCGUCCCCCCAUUCUCUGGUUCGUCAGGCGUCUGUUUCCAGCAUCUUUUCUAGCAGAAGUGAGAAGAAAUCCUCCAUCUAGCAUGGCACCAACUGUGCCGCAGGGGAGCCGGACUGUCGCUGUCAAUCACAAACAUGCCCUUUGUCCAUUUGCCGCCGCUCUCCUCACAUUUUUAAAACCUAUUUUUUGUAUUCCAUGGUGCGGCCAUCAUUUACCUGACAUGAGGAGGGAUUGUUCUUGGCAAAGUCAUCGUGAUUGGAGGCUCCCUGCCGUCUUCUAGUCGCAGCCCUUGCAUUUGGGAGGGAUGACGGGCUUCUCCAUUAUUUUGUUCCUCUUCAGUGUCUCCAGGAGGAAACUUGCAGUAUAGCCCCCCCCCCAGCAUUCCCGUGCUCUGCAUGGCCUGACAUUCUCUCAUUCUGCCACACUUGCAGGGUGCUUUCUGUCCAUGAACGUGCCACGGUCUGUAUUGUUUUCCUCUGUCGUGUUUGGUUGUGUCAUUUUCAGGUGAAACGUGUGCCGUCUGGAUGCUUUAUUCUUCCCACUUAAGCAGGCCGGGACACGUUGCCAUCGCAUAGUAUCGGUUCUCUGGUUCCGAGCCGUGACUGUUCAGCCAAACAUGUUGGCAUUGCCAAUGUCACAGGACUUGUUGCCAAAUUGGUGAUCUGACCGUGGGGAGCUUGUUAAGGCCAAGGCUCCAACAGCUCACUGGUUCUCCGGGGUUUGCAGAGAUCUGGGUGUGAGGGGAAUGAGGGGAGGUACAUGGUGCACAGUCUGCUGCUGGACCUUAAAGAACCAGGCGGAGAUGAACAAUGCCAUCACAGAUAUGCUUGUUUCAUAUGUCUGUGUAUAUUUAAAUAUAUUUCUGUAAUAUGUACAGUAUAUAAAUGCAUAUUUAGGCACACAUGCAUGUAUUUAUAUAGAUGUAUAUAUGUACAUGCUUGUGUGUUCUAGUCAAAAUGAUUCUGUUUCACCUGUGGUUCUGAUGUACACUGGAGAACUAAGAUGUAUCAUUCAUUUUUUUCCCAUCAUGAAUUUAAUCUAUAAUAAACAUUUUAAAAUAAUGAA